GCCCCGGAGCACCCGCUCCCUUGCGCCUACGACGACUGCUGGGCCGCGCUCAAUUGGGCCGCGGCCCACGCCGCGGGAUCCUGCCGGGAGGAGUGGCUGAACUCGGGCGUCGAUUUCGGGAGGGUUUUCGUGGCCGGGGACAGCGCCGGCGCCAAUAUCGCCCACCGCGUCGCCAUGAGGAACGCCCGGGAGAAGCUGAUUGAGCUGCUCGGGGUUGUGCUCGUGGAUCCGUUCUUCUGGGGGGAGGAUCCGAUUGGGGAUGAAGCGGGUCGGGCCCUGCCUGCCAGGCUGUGGCGGCUGGCGAAUUCGGGUUCGGAGAAGAGCGGGUUGGAUGACCCGGAGAUUAACCCUGCCGCCGACCCGAAGCUGUCGGGUCUGGGUUGCCGGCGGGUGCUGGUUCUGGUGGCGGAGAAGGACUAUAUGAAGGACAGAGGGAAGCUUUACUGCAAGACGCCGGAGAAGAAGAACGGGUGGCCAGGCAAGGCGGAGAUCUAUGAGACCAAGGGCGCAAACCACGUCUUCCAUCUGUUGGAUCCGGCGUGCGGAAAAAAGCUGCGGAGAGGAUGA